CGGUACUCUCUUCUCUUGGUUGAUUAAAUUCCUUCAGAUCAACAUGUCAGACAUCAUGUAGGCCUACAUUUUUAAGCAGUUCUGGUAUUUGGUAUACUGAUAAGAGAGGAUUACAGGAAAACAUCAGAAUGCUUUUGGCUGAAGCGAAAGUGAAACAGCCCGAUGAACACAUUUAAGGCGAGACUGAAAUGAAAUGCAUGUCACACAGAGGAGCAUCGACGUUAGAGAGCGCAAGGUUUGGUACAAUAUCUAACAUGAGCCUCCAGGUUUGCAACUGCUGCGGAUGGUCCAAAGUUACGACCUACCAGGGCCUGAGAACUCACCAGGGGAAGAUGGGGUGCACACAAAAGGGGAUGAGGAUCCCUGAAAGUGAACAGUUCAGAAGGAGUUACCUACCGAAAUAUACAUACCUGGGACCUUCAAUCAAAGUAGAAGAGCCUUUUACCAAUAUUUUCAGCCCUUCUAUCAAGUCUGUGGUUGAACAGAACGUCUGGAGAAAUCUAUGGGACGAACCUCAGGACAGCGGACCAAUUAACAGCUCUCAAGUCAGGAAGGAGAAUGUGCCUGUGUCUCCAAACCUCACCACCCAAAUGAUUACAACAGAUGCCGCACUAAUGCAGAUGUUCACAUCAUUGUUUGAAACCCAACAGCACUUGUCCACAGACUCAAACCAAACUCAUCGAGCACUUGAUUUCUCCAGUGGUGCACAGCCAUUUGUGAUGCCGGUGUCACAGACCCUCAGCACCCAAGCGAAUCCUGACGCCUCAGAGGUCAUGAUGAAGCAGACAAGCAAAUCAUUUUUUGAAACUCCACAGCGCUCUCAUCAAACAGCCACCAACUUUGACAAAGUUCAUCAAGCGCAUGAUUUCUCCACGGGUGCACAGCAGCCUUUCAAGAUGCCAGUGUCACAGACCCCCAGCAACCAAAAUAAUCCUGCAGUGAAGGAGACAAACAAAUCAUUGUUUGAAACUCCACAGCACUCUCAUCAAAGUACCACCAAAGCUUGUCGAGGGCUUGAUUUCUCUGCUGCUGCACAGCAGGUGGAGCCACUGGUCUGGGAUCUUCCAACAACCACAGCUCAGGAAACAACAGUCCCAAAAAAGGAGGAAGAGAGGGAGGCUCAAAAGCUAUUAAAGAAUGUGGCUUUGCCUCCAUACUCCACCACCCAAAUGAUGCCCGCAGCCACAGAAGCAGCUAUAGAGACGACCACAUCAUUGUCUGAAACUCAACAGCCCUCUCAUCAAACCGCCACCAAAACACGUCGAGCACUUGAUUUCUCAGCUGGUGCGCAGCAGGUGGGACAAAUGAUCUGGGAUGUUCCAACAACCACGGCUCAGGAAACAGCUGUCAGACCAACAGCGAAAGAGAUUAAGAAGGAGAGGGAGGCUCAAAAACUUCUACAGGCAAGGCAAGACAGGAUAAGUGCUGAUUUACAACAGAAAAUCCAGAUGAGACAACAAAAGAUUGCUGAAGUCAGAUCCUCUGUAAAGGCCAGCAAGGGCAGCUUGGAUACUGAAUGGCUGGAGAUCAACAAUGUGUUCUCAGAGGUGGCGAGAGUGGUGGAGGACGCUCGGCAGAAAGCCCUUCAACCUCUCGAGGAGAGGAGACAGAUCCUAAAGAGAGAAGCACGAGAUCUGGUCCAGAAACUGCAAAAGGAAAUAGACAAACUCAAAAAGACCAUUGAUGUGUUGGACAAAAAUCCAGAUUUGCAGGUUUCUCUUCUAACAGGCCUGGAUGAAUCUCGGGAUUGGAAUAAUGUAGCUGUGGACACUUCAUUCUCCUUUGGUACACUAAGAACUACAACAUCAAACAUGAUGGAGCAAAUUCACCAGAAACUAGAAAAUCUCUCUUCCGUUGAACUCAAGAGGAUCCCCACAUUUGCAGUGGAUGUAAAGCUGGACCCAACCACUGCACAUCGAUGCCUUGUUCUUUCUGCCGAUGGGAAGAAAGUGAGGGAUGGAGCAAAGAACCAGAAAGUUCCUGAUGCUCCAGAGAGGUUUGACAUGUUUGGCAGCGUCCUUGGGCUCAACAGGUUGUCCUCUGGAAAGUCAUACUGGGAGGUGGAUGUCAGUAAAAAGACAGGAUGGGAUCUGGGUGUGGCAAGACGUGAUGCAAACCGCAAAGGGAAACUCUCGCUGACCCCAGAUAAUGGUUACUGGGUUACUGUACAUUAUGAAGAUGAAAAGUACGCAGCCCUGACAGCACCACCCGUCAGCCUGUCCCUGACAGUGAAACCUCAGAAGGUGGGAGUGUUUGUGGAUUACGAGGAAGGUCUUGUGUCCUUCUACGAUGUGACGGCUCAAUCUCACUUCUACUCGUUUACUGAGUGUUCGUUCAGUGGUGAAGUUUUCCCAUAUUUCAGUCCACAUCUUAUUCAAAAUGAGUUAAACUCUGAUCCCCUGAUUAUCUCUGAUGUGAAAAAGCCGUAGGAGUUAUAUGAAGUGUUACUGGUGCACUGAAAGUUAUAAUGCAACAAUCAAUGUGAGUUUGAGGUGUACAGUAACAUUUUACUGUUAAAUGAUUUCAUGACCACUGAAGGGUUUUCUGGCCUGGUCAACAUUGGAGAUUGUUUUUCAAGUUUAGACAUUCUUUUCUUUUUUCUUAAACAAGACAUUCUUAAUCAUCCGUAGAUGAAGACUUUAUGAGUUUGGGUUUUGUUUAAUGUUAAUUUUUGUGUGCUAUAUAUGUGUAAGAGAUUGCUGGCAUUUUUCAAAAUGUAUCUACAUCAAAAUGUAUGUAUGCGUGUAAUUCCUCACCAUUUUAAACAAUAUAUAAUUAUAUCAAUAGUUUGUUCUUUACUGUUAUUCAUCUAUAGCUCAUAUCGGCAUUAGGCGGACACUCUUUCCACUUUCUGGUUUUAACUCAGUUUUACAGACACCUUUAUACCUGUUCAACAAUUUGUGAAUAGACAUUGUGAAUAUAACUGUUCCUUGGGAAAUAUUCCAUAUUCUUUUUCAGUGUUUUUA